UGGUGAUGGCGGUGGUGGCACAGGCUACAUUUUCAUUAACGUAAUGCUCAGAGACGCUCCAGAAUUAUGUAAGAGUGACGUGCCGUCAUCCUCUCCUCAGCCAGCCCACCUCCCAGCAACAACGUGGAUGUUUGUUUUGCUUUUAGCUCUCUGAGAACCCAAAAGGGCAUCUGUCCGAGCCGUGGUCGGGUGUGGGUCUCGGUAGGAGCCGGGCCACACCACCUCACGGGCAUUUUACCGGUCCAGAUGCUGAGGCUGUGGCUCGUUGUCAUGGAGAAGCCGAUGCACUGAGAAGCGGGAGGACGGAUCAGUCGGCAGCUUUGAUGACUCUGAAAGAGACGGGAUUCGCAGUGUGCCUCUGGUGUUGCUCAUCGGUGGAGAUGAAAGUGUGGCCGUUGUCAUAGCGAUGAACCUUUGAGGGAUGCAGUUAAAGGAGUGGUAAAAGAUGAAGUUUAAGAAGUUCAUUACGAUCAUGCAAGCGGCGAUGGGGAUCGUUCCCCUGAACAAACGGGAGCUCCUGCCGCCCGGCAGGAAGCUGUGGAGACCUCCGGGGGACCAGGGUUGCUCCGACCCGACCAGUACUGACCUACUGAAGUCUGGCCGUAAGUUCUGCUGGUCCAGAGAGACCCAUUACUUGUAUCUUCACCGCCUCUCUUCAAGAAGUUUCUCAGCCAUCACUAUGAACCCGGUUAUGGAGGAGACGGUAUGGGAGCAGUACACCGUGACCCUGCACAGAGAUCCCAAAAUGGGUUUUGGUAUCGCAGUGUCUGGAGGACGGGACAACCCAAACGAAGACACGGGCGAGACGUCUAUCGUGGUGUCUGACGUCCUGCAGGGCGGGCCUGCUGAUGGAUUGCUGUUUGAAAAGGAUCGAGUCAUUCAGGUGAACGCCAUCCUCAUGGAGGGCGCCCAACACUCCUUCGCUGUUCAGACGCUCAGGAAGUGUGGAAAAGUGGCCAAAAUCACUGUUAAGAGGUCCAGGAAGGUUCCGGUUCCCGUGCUGAACCGCCCUCCGUCACCUGACGACAGAGUCUUCAGCAGCGACUACAACAAUGACUACAACUACGAUCAGGACCGCCACAGUAUGUACAGCGGAGGUGGGCGGGACCACAGCCUUGAGAAGGAGCGGGGUGGGGGUGGAUACCUGGAUUCCGGCUACCAAACCCGCGACCGCGACUACACCCGGCAGGAGCGUGGCAGGAGUGCUCAGAGAGACCUGAGCCCAGACAGGAACUACAAAAGAGAUGGCAGCAGAGGACGCACCUUGGACCGGGACUACAGCCCCGAUCGCCGCUACAAGAGCGAACACACGCUGGACCGCGACUACAGCCCGGACCGAAGUUACCGAGGCUACAGCCCCGACCGGCGCUACCGCAGCGAGCGAGCCCUGGACCGGGACUACAGCCCUGACCGGCGCUUCCGCAGUGAGAAAACGCUAGAGCGAGCGCACAGCCCUGAAUCCCGUUACGGGAGAGAUGGCUACAGCCCCGGGCGGGGACGUGAUCGAGACCAGAAGAAAUACGAUGAGCCGGUGAGACGAGGCGCUAGCAGGGACCGCCUGGAACGGUCGCCCUCUCCUGCUGCAGUACCCGUCCCUCUGCCCCGCCCCGCCCGAGACCUGGAGCCUCUGGAGAAGCCUGUGAAUGUGAUGCUGCUGAAAAACCAUCCCAACGAAGAGUACGGCCUUCGUCUGGGCAGCCAACUCUUCAUCAAGGAGAUGACCAGCACAGGACUCGCUUGGAAAGACGGCAACCUGCAGGAGGGGGACAUCAUCCUAAAGAUCAACGGCACGGUGACGGAGAACCUGUCCCUCAGCGAUGCGGGGAAGCUGAUCGAGAAAUCCCGCGGGAAGCUGCAGCUGGUGGUGCAGAGAGACCGGCGUCAGAUUCUGAUCCGAAUCCCGCCGAUGACCGACAGCGACUCGGAGCUCGAUGAUAUCUCUGAGAUCGAGUCGUACCGCUCUUAUUCUCCACAGGACGACCGCCGAGGUCACCACUCUGACCUCUCGUCCCACUCGUCCAAUGAGAGACUUCGAGAUAAACCCAGCAUCAGAGAGGACCCACCUAGCAGGCUGGCCAAAAUGGGCGCCAUGCCGACACCAUUCAGAGGUGCAGAGAAGCAUGUUGAAGACACGCCCCCUCUACAGGCAGAGAGGGAGGAUACUCGAUCGGCGACGCCACCAGCGCCAGUCGUUGCUCCGAGAGUUCAGAGUAUUCCUCCAAAAGUUCCACUGAAGCCGAGCGUAGAAGACCAGGAAGUUUAUGGGCCAAACACGGUGAUGGUGCGUUUUAAGAAAGGCGACAGCGUUGGUCUGAGGCUGGCAGGAGGAAAUGAUGUUGGCAUCUUCAUUGCUGGUGUUCAAGAGGACAGUGCCGCUGAGCAGGAGGGUCUUCGCACAGGAGACCAGAUCAUGAAGGUAAACAACGUGGACUUCAGAGGGAUGGUUCGUGAAGAUGCCGUCCUCUACCUCCUGGAGGUCCCAAAAGGAGAAGAUGUGACUAUUUUGGCUCAGAGUAAACCUGAAGUCUACAAAGACAUUCUAGCCUCUGGCAGAGGAGACUCGUUCUUCAUCAGAACCCACUUUGAGUACGACAAGGAGACCCCACAGAGCCUCCCCUUCACCAGAGGAGAGAUCUUUAAAGUCACAGAUACGCUUUACGAUGGCAAGCUGGGCCACUGGCUGGCCAUCCGUACCGACAAGGAUAACCAGCUGCUGGAGAAGGGGAUCAUUCCCAACAAGAGCAGGGCCGAGCAAAUGGCCAACGUCCAGAACACGGCCCCUGUGGCAUCAGGCAACGACCGAGGAGACUUCUGGAGGCUGAGAGGUCAAAGGGCAGUGAAGAAGAAGGACCUGCGUAAGAGUCGGGAUGACCAGAGUGUCAUGCCGGUCACCACUAGGUUCCCCGCCUACGAGAGGGUGGUGUUACGUGAAGCUGGUUUCAGGAGGCCUGUGGUGAUUUUUGGGCCCAUUUCUGAUGCGGUGAAUGAGAAAUUGGCCAACGACCUCCCGGACGAGUUUGUCAUUGCCAAAACGGAGCCGAAGGACGCGGGGACAGAGAAGUCCUCCGGUGUGGUGAGACUGAACACCAUCAGAAAGAUCAUAGAAGAGGAACGCCACGCCCUUCUGGAUGUCACUCCAAAAGCCGUGGACACCUUGAACUACGCCCAGUGGUAUCCCAUCGUCAUAUUCAUGAACCCAGACAGCAAACAGGGAGUGAAGACCAUGAGGAACCGCCUCAUGCCCGGAUCCAAACGCAGCGCGCGGAAAUUAUACGAGCAGGCCGUCAAGCUGAAGAAGACCUGCUCACACCUGUUCACAGCGACCAUCGAUCUGAACUCGGCGAACGACGCGUGGUACGGCAGCGUGAAGGAUUCCAUCCAGGAGCAGCAGGACAGAGCCGUGUGGGUGUCCGACGGGAAGAUGGACGGAUCAGAAGAAGACUUGGAUCUCCAGGACGACCGCAUGUCCUACCUGUCAGCCAUGAGCGCCGACUACCUCAGCAUGGACAGCCGCCUCACCAGCGACUAUGACGACACUGCGGAUGAGGGCGGGGCUUAUACCGACAAUGAACUGGACGAGACGCUGGACGAGCCGCAGCCCGUUUCAGCCAUCAGCCGGUCGUCGGAACCGGUGCUGGCAGACGAGAGGUCUCACCCUGAUCCCCGUCGCACGAGGACAGCAGGAAGCAGAGAGGUCAGCAGAGACCCCAGUCCUCCCCCUUCUUUUGUCCCCGAACCCCCGAAGUUGCGGACCCAGACUCGGAACGACUCCACCCGGAGCUACGAGUCCCAAUCCAGCAGCACCAUCAGCAGCAGCGACGCCGCUAUGGGAAGCCGGCCGCUCCCCCCGCCCGUAGCUCAGAAACCCGCCAUCGGCCGACUGAACCAGUCAUCGGAGGAGCAGAGUACUGGGAAGGACGAAACGGAGGAAGAUCCCGCCAACAAGUCCUUCCUCGGAAAGCGAAUGGGUCACCAGAUCAAAGCCUUUGAGAAGAUGGACCACCUGGCUCGAGCUCAGAGGCUCCUGGAGCUGCAGGAGGCGGAAAACGCUCGACUGGAAAUUGCCCAGAAGCAUCCAGACAUCUACGCCGUUCCAGUGAAACUUCCUAAACCCAACCUGAACCGGCCCCAGCCAAUCGGCUCGAACGCGGAGCCGCAGGCUACGCCCAGGCUGCAGUACUCUGAGACUCGGGGACUGGAGGACCGGGAGGCCGAGUACCGGCGCCAACUGUCCGACCAGGCCCGGAGAGGAUACUACAACCCUCAGAAAUAUAACGACACCGAGCUGUGAGAACCAGGAAGUGAGGUCAUCGCUCCCAGCCUACAAGCAGACGGUGCCUGUUGCCACGGUUACAGCCACCGUCGCUGCUCCGCCUUCACAUUUCCUGCCGAAACGCCAGCUCCGACACGGAUUUCAGACUUUCUUGUUUUUAUAUUUUGUUCUCGAGCUGUUGCGUUUUCUUCCUGCUGUACAGAACCAGAACCAGAACCUGGAGUGGAGGAUUUUAUGUCUCUCACAGGAGAUGUUGUGGUGUAAAUAUUAUCUGUGUGCAUGCAUGUGUGUGUGUGUGUGUGUGUGUGUGCGAGGUUGUUUCCCACCGUUAUUCCCACUUUGAGCCUCCAGUGUUGGACCGUUACAGCCGGGUCUCCGAGGCAACCAUCAGCAGGUUGUUUACAGGAAGUGACGCAUUAGAAAACAAUAGUUUUUAAGAGGUUUAUGAACUUCGCUGCCUUCUAGUUUGAUUAAAAUGAGCAAAAGUUUCAUUUUGUUUAACUCGGAGCAGCAGCCGCUCGCCAGACUUCCUCGGGUUUAUUUCUUCUGGCAUCCUGAACUCGACUCGAGGGCUGAGCCCGUUUAAAAACCCUCAUCGUAUGAUUUUAACUGGGUCUUUGUUCCCAGCAGUCGCUCAGGAAAGCACAUCCUUCAGCCGAAUCUAUUCAGAAUGGCUCCAACAGAGCUGUUGGCUCUCGGCAGGAGCUGCUUCCUCCUCCAGCUCUCCGGGACCUAACAUCCUCUCGUUCAGCCACGGAAGUGGGAUCGUGCCGCCUCUGGAUCAGGAUUCUGGUUGGCGUGCCGGAAACACUCGGUACAAAAACCUAAAUAAUAAAACGGCGGCGGCGGUCCAGAGAAACCCUUCCUGAGGUCUGGAGAACCGUUUCUCAGCAUGUUUGUUCCUCGUGACUCAAGAAGGGGUUUAAAAUCUUCCCGAGGCCUAACAGAUGUUCCUGAACCAAACUCAUUUCUGUCUGGUGCAGCUGUGAUGUCAGAUUUAAUAAUGGAAAGCUCCUGGUCCUCUGUUGUACAAACCCACCGGGGUGUGUUCCAUUUCGCCUGUCGGACGCUUUCGUCCAGUUUAAAACUGGUGCAUUCUGGGUAGCGGAACAAGUGCCUUCUAGCUUUUAUUCCACCUCCUGAAGACGGAUCCUUCCUUCCUUCGGUUAAGAAAACGGUUGCUGUUACUUUUCAUGUCUGAAACUGAAGUUCCUUCCCGUCUGUGUUGGUGUGACUUGGAACCAACAGGUGAGGAGGCGGGGCUAAACGCCGCCCUGCCAGCAGAGACAAUCACCUUUUUACUGCAGAUAUUUUUCUACUGAACUCGGACCCGCUCCAGUCGAGUCUGUGUGCACCAGUGAGUCGGGACGUGGGGACAAUCACGUCUUUUAGUUUUGUGGUUCCUGUAGUUUGAUCUGAGUGUUUCACUGCUCCGUCUUUUAAAAUGAUGAUGAAUAAAACUUUUGUUCCCGUUUUGUUUUCACACGCCCUCUUUUAAAGGCUCCCUUGGUUGUUGGUGCCGAAGCCGCGACAGCAGCGGUUUCAGGUUCCUGUGUGUGUUGUAGGAGGGGCCAACGAUUCUAAUAACGGGUCAUGAUCAAAACCAAACCAAGACAAAAAGCUGACUGCAGAAACAAACAAGGACUGAACAAUUAAAGGCAAAUAAACUGUUUUUGAAUAUU